AUGAUUACUUAUCUAAAACGACGCUUCUCAUCUGGAGACCUACAAGGCGAAUUAGCUGACAAGCGUAUGCAGGAGGGAUUACCAAGUUUUCUACGAUUCGGAUCUACCACACAGUCUGGACAACCGUAUCAACAGUAUCAGCAACAAAGCUCUAAUAUCCAAACUACAACACAGGCCUAUUCAAACCAACCCCAAGAUUUUAGUUCAACACAUCCUGUAAACUACGAUAUGAGGUACGGAUCUACAGCUCCCAGCAUGGCUGAACCCUUCCCGGGUUCUCAGACAACCACAGCUGCAGCUAAUCACAUUCCUGGGACAAUAGGUCGAGGACGUGGUGCUUAUCCAAGUGCACCAACUUCACCGACAAGAAGUAUGGGGCUUGGUGCUUCACUAAUGGGUCCAAUGGGAAAUCUAACUGGUCAGAUAUCAAAUACACUUAUGCGUGGUUUUAAUACUGCUGCAUCCACUGCUCAAAACAUAUCUGGAAAAAUGUCUUCAAAAGAGCACCAGAAAAUACUUCUAGUCAUAGAUGACACGCAAACCGAUUGGUGUAAAUAUUUCAGAGGCAAGAAGUUAAUGGGAGAUUGGGAAAUAAGAGUAGAACAAGCUCAAUUCUCAGAAAUUUCAAUGACAGCCUACAGUGAACAAGGUUGCGUUAUUAGCAUCUAUCCUGAUCAUCUACGUUCAAAACCUCUAAAAUCAUUUAAACCUGACUUUGUCUUGAUACGACAACAUCCAAGUGAUUUGAAUGAGGACUGGCAACCUAUACUCACUGGACUAAUGUAUGGGGGCACGCCAUGUAUGAAUACUUUGCACGCAAUAUACAAUAUGAAGAAUCGUCCAUGGCUUUUCGCCCAUUUAUUAAUGAUCCGAAAUCGACUUGGCAAAGAAAAUUUUCCACUUAUUUCACAAACCUACCAUACAAGUCAUAAAGAAAUGAUUGUAGCACCGACAUUGCCAGUUAUUGUAAAAGUUGGAGUAGGUCAUCGUGGUGAAGGCAAAGUAAAAGCUGAGACACCAUUUAUUUAUCAAGAUUUAGUUAGCCUUAUGAUUUCUGGUCAAACAUAUGCCACAACAGAACCAUUCAUUGAUGCUAAUUGUGAUCUUCAUGUACAAAAAAUCGGUACUAAUUAUAAAGCAUUCAUGCGUAAGGCUAUUUCGGGUAAUUGGAAAUCUAAUACUGGAUCAGCGCUAUUGGAAAAAGUCCCUAUGAAUGAUAAAUUCAAACUAUGGAUUGAUGAAGUGUCUCGUCUAUUUGGAGGUUUGGAUAUAUGUUCUAUUGAUGCAUUACAAUCAAGGAGUGGUGAAUAUUUUAUUUAUGAGGCUAACGGUUCGGAUAUGACCCUCUACGGUGAUAGUCAAGAAGCCGAUAGAACAGAAAUCGCUGAACUGGUGAUUCAACGUUUACAAUCUUUAUCUCUUCCCAAAGCUCCAAGUCUACAAGCAAUUGGUAGAACAAGCGAAACAGAAAGGCCAACAGGUAUAGGAGUAGGAAGUUCCUCAACUGUUCCUCAGCCUAGUAUUGGAUCUGGUGCAGUACAUUCAUCUUUUAAUCCACCAUCUCAAAAACCUUCAUCACAACCUUAUUCCCAAGUACAUCAGUCGCAACUAACAGAUAUUCAUCAAAGUCUUCAGCCUCAAAUAACUCAAAAAUAUCCAUCGACAACAGGAGUUACGUCAAAUACUAAUUCACUUAUAGGGGAACCAGUAGGAUCAGUAAGUCCUGCAUUGAGUAAACAUUCUGAUCCCGGUUUCGUCACAGGUUUUGGUUCCUCUACUAGUUCACUAUCUUCGAGAGCUGAUACACCACACCAAACGUCUUUUAGUACACCAACGACAACUGUAGUAAAUCGAGGACCAAGUACCACUACGGAAAAUUCUGACACUGGGUACCGUUCAAAUAUUGGGGGAAUGUCCAGCUUGCAAAACACAACAAACAGCAAUUAUCCCUCGCACACAUGGAACCAAGGUUCCUCAUCUGGCCUGUUUAGUCCUUCUAAAAUACCACCAAUGGAUUCAACCUCAAAACCAAAUCUAAUCAAUCAACAACCAUCGACAGGAUUCGACAAUUUAGAUCAUACUGGUAGAACCAAGUUAAUGAGUUCUCCUCAACAAUCUUUCGGAUCUUCUUUCAGCUCUAAUGUACCAUAUGGUACUGAAAAACCCAGCAAUGAUAUAAAUAGAAAACCAUUAGGACAAACAACUAGUGGACCUGACCGUCCAGAUGUCCCACCAAGACAAACUUCAUUACGUACCGGACCCGGCACUGAAGAUACAGACGAUACAAUGAAAAACCUACGCAAAACAUUUGCCGGAAUUUUUGGUGAUUUAUAA